CACACUCACUCACUUGUACUCACGGUGUAUAUUGAUUUGAUUAUAAAAAAAGGCAAAUUUUUCAACAAAAUUUUCUUGAUUCUUUCGUUAAACGAACAAUUUAUAGUUUAAAAUUUGCCAAAAAAAAAAAAAAAAACGAAUCAUAAAUUACUUUAUUUUAUUUAAUUUAUAACAACAAUAAUUUAAAGCAAUUUUACAAUAAAUUAAAUUAAUUAUACUAAAACAUUCUAUUAGAAUAUGAAAAUUUAAUUCAAAGAAAAAGUUUAAGUAAAAUAUUUGAAAAAAAAGAAAAGGAAUUUUGGUUGUGUGCUUGCAUAAGUUCUUGUUGAAAAGUUAUAAAAAUUAACAAAAAAAUUUAAUAAUUAAAGUGAAAAAGUAAUAAAAAAUUCUUUUGUAUAUACAAAAUUAUAACAAAAAAAAAAUUUCAAACGCAUACAUACCAAAAAGUCAUAAAACCAAAAAAAGUGUAAAAAACGAAAACGGAUCCUUUAAUUACGGGUAUUUUAAGAAAAUCUAAAAGAAGUAACAAAAAACAGAAAAAUUUAAUUAAAUAAAUUUAAUAAAAAUUAUACAUCUUUCACAAUAAUUUAAGAAAAAAAAGCUUUAUAUAAAACAAAAAACUACAACAACAGCAACAACGCUUUAACAACGUACAAGUGAUGGAAAAGAUGCUUUAACAAGAAACAAUAAAUAAAAAUGAGAAAAAAGAACAAAGAAAUGAAUAAGGCUGCUAAAAUAUUUUAAGGAUAAUAACAAGGAUUUCUAUAGUAGUAGCAGAACCUCCUAGCAGACAGAUAGAAAAACAUUUCUAACUUUUGAUUCAUCUAAAUCUUCAAAUUAAAUGAAAAUAAUCAGCCUCCAUAAUGGAAAAAUGUAAAAUCUAUAACAUGCUAAUCUUAACACCGCUCUAGCCCAAAUAGACCAAAGAAAAGUUAAACACAUACAACGUGCCACAACUAUAACCAGACUUUCACAGGACAAAACAAAUUUAUAAAAUAUAAAUUUGCUUUAAAAACUCCUAGAAUUUCGCAACAAAUAUCCAUAAACUUCUGAAUGUUAAUGGUUCAUCAUCAUCAUUGCUUAACAUUUCCAACAUUACGAAAAUCGACCAAAAUAAAAGCACUUUAAAGCUGCUCUGCUGCUCCUACGAUGAGUGUAGCGAUGCGUAUGAAUAAUGGUCUUCACCAUGCAGUUUCAAUGGGCACUAUAGAUUCACACGCUAAACCCACAUACUCAAGUCAAGCGGAUCGAAAUUAUGAUUCAGAAGACGAAAAUACGCAUCGCAGAAGAUUAAGACACACCUCAUCGACCGAACUAUAUCCGAAACCCUCACAAUACUCUAAAGGAGAUAUCAGAGAACAGUAUUGCUUAACUGAUCGUCAGGUGAAUACUAUAGAACGUUCGAGACGUGAAAAGUUUUUCGGUUGCCUCUCAAGACGCAGUGCUCCCCAAUCUUUGUUGGGUGGUUGUGUGGGUAGACGUAUACCGUCAGAUGAAAAUCUGGCACCGUAUACUCCAUUCUAUAAAUAUUCACGCUAUAAUCAACAAUAUCCACCAACUUCUGCCGCCGCCGCCGCUGCUGCUGACAGUAUGGACUUGGAUAGUUCCUAUUUUCGUCGACAACCAGCCUCAAUAUUAAGCAGCUCCAAAAUGGUUGAUGCCUCCACCGAUAAUCGUCAAACAUCAUGGAUGGAACAACAACAGCAGCAGCAACAGCAUCAUCACCAACAGCAACAACAACAACAACAUUUAUUGCAACAGCAACAAAAUCAGCAACAACAACAACAUGCCUAUAACAACUAUGAUGCAAUUAGUUAUAUCAACGAUAAAGGCUCUUAUCACUGCCCUUCUCAUAUUGGAGUUAAUACCGGCUUGCAACAACAUGCUGGACCACCUACUACACCUAGCAGAACUAAACAUGUGAGUUUUGCCCGCUCUCAUACUCUAACAUCUUUCGAUGAUUUCAAUGUGGGCUUUCGCUCUUCGGGUCGCAUGAAAACGGCUCAAUCGCAGGAGCGUUUAAUUGGAGGAAAGAAACCGGUAGGACCUACGGGUUCCUAUUAUGAUACCAUACCUAUGUGUGGACCUCCUAUCACUGCCAUUAUGGGCUCCACAUCCACCAUACAUAUGCUGCCUCAGGCUACAGUUCCUGUUCAUCAGAUUGGUCACACGCAUCAGCAUCAUAUGGCACACAUACAGCCCACCUAUGUGCCGACUUAUGUUGCCGAACAGCAUGUACAAACGCAACAGCCUACCACUUUGAUGGCGGCCAUACCUAUAAUGGAAGAUUUGACAGUGGUACAGGGCGGUCUGCCGGUUCUACCUCCUCCCAGUCCUGAAGUCAUAGUGGUGGAGAAGAAAUUUCGUAAUGCCAUGAAAACACAGGCCACACAGACCGAUGUUCGUAAGAAUGAAUUUGAACAAAAUUUAGCUUUGAGUCCUCGGACCAUACAUCGUGUAAAGGUGGUGUCGCAAGGUGCCCAAACAAAUGGUCUGCAAAAUGGCAAAGCCUUGGCCAAGAGUUUGUCGCAAAUACCUUAUGACACUCAGCAGAAAGAUGCUGCAAUGGAGGCUAAUAUAGCCGAUCACGAAGCUUUACAUCGCACUCAGUCAGAAGAACCGCCGAAAUCUCCUUUGGAGAGUAAUUUUACUUACUAUCAACCACCUCCUCCUUUGGAAUAUGACACCAAUCAUGAGCUCUACUAUCAUCAGCCCAAAAGGGAACAUAUGCCAACGAUGCAAAAAGAAGAUUCCUUUUCUUAUGAAAGUAAUAGUUUACCACGGCGAGCUUGUGGUUUUCGUUUAGAUACCGACUUUCAUAGUUUGCCCCGACGUGAUAUGCAUAAUGUUCAAGAUGUUUGCAAGCAUAUAACAGAAUGUUCCGAACUAAUGGCUGAUGGUUCCUCAGAUUUUACUUCGGAUCUCUUACCGCCUCCGCAAGAGUACUGUCAGAUUAAUGAUGAUGAAGAUUCCAUAGAUACUACACAAACAUUUCCCAAAGAAUAUUCGGACACUAAUCGCCGUAAAUCCAUGUUAGUAACCAUGGAGCCUCAAAAUGAUACUCCUUUCAGGCGUGAUGAUAUACGUCGUCAAUCUAUGCCGGUUUAUGUUAAAACUGAAAAACUUAUUGAUCUAGAUUAUGCCUCCUCUAAGGGAUCUCGUAGAUUCUCACGCAAAUCCUUCAGGGAUGAUAUGUCCGAUGAAAAGGAGAUUAUAAUCGACUUUAAGCCGUAUGUUAAAUCUGAUUUUCAAAUUAAACCCUUCCGCCAGAGAUCGACAAAGAAAGUUGAAAAGUCAGAACAACAAGAGGACUAUUAUGAACCUAGAGAACCUUUAGAUUCUGUCUCAGCGGAAAGUGAUCAUAGUGAAGAUCAACAUAGAGAUCCGGUUUAUGAAAACAUACAAACUUGCAUGUGCAAUAUACCAGAUGUUCAAGAAGCCGAAUGCAGCGAACAAGAGGAAAAGGAUGGCAGAGGAUCUGGUAUUUCAGCACCGCCAAGUCCCUUAAGAGAAGAGCCUAUAGGUCAUGCUUCUACCUAUCCGUCAUCGGAUUCAUUGGCCAAUGAUGUAACCAGAGAUCAUUCAGAUGGUCAUUGGAAUGAAUCUGAGGUGACCGUGUUAACGGCAGAGCAACGAUCAGAGGCUUCGUAUAAUUCAAAUCUUCUACUAACGCCCUCUACCAAACGCAAACAUCUAUUGUUGCAACAUCAACAGAGAAGUUCAGUAGAUACCGACGCUUUAGAUUUGGAAGAACAAUUUACCGAUCAGAGUCCCACUUUUAGUCAGGCCUCGAUGAGUUUGAAAUCUCGUUCACCGGUAACACCACAAAGUGAAAAGGAACCAAAACUCUAUGCGGCGCCACAAAUGAAAAUGUUAUCACCCUCCAUUGAGAUAACACCCUCAUUUGGAAAGAGUUCUACUUUAACUAGACCAGGAGCUAAAACUUUGGUAGCUUCACCCAGAAAGAGCAUUAUAACUACGCCACAAAAAGAACAGAGAAGGUUAUCCGAAAUCUCUUUGGGUUUGUCCUCCAUGACAGAUAUACCGAAAAGUUUUACCGGCAAUGCCGAUAACUCUGAAUGCAGCACGAAUACCAAUACUGAGGAAUAUGCCACUUGUACUGAUACUUCUAGGCGUACGCCAGCUUCUACCCAAAGCUCCCAAAUGGAUAAGAGUCAUGGUGAAUCUUCUUUUGAAAGCGCCUCAUCUUUAUAUUCUUCGAAAGCAGAAAUUUUAACCGAAGAUAUGCUGCAAACUGAGGACUCUCGCCGAGAAUCGAAAUCCAGAUUGGAAUUGAGUCUUAAUUUACCUUUAACACCUAUUGAUGUUCCUAAAAAGUCACCCACCCAUUCGGUAAGCAGUACUUCCUCGGGCAGCUAUAAUGUGGGAGGUGAGGGAAAAACCCCAGAGGCGGAAAAAAUUUCGCCCUCCACCAUGAAAACAUCGUCGUCUCCUUUGGCCCAAAGAUCAGAACAAGUGCGCAUUAAAAUGGAGUCUGUGUCCGAUGAUGAACGCAGUGAAGUGCGUUAUUCCUCCUCGGGCUACUAUGAGAGUCCCCAUGAUGAUGAAUAUCAAAAAAUCAAAUCACGCCGUCAUCGCCAAGAAGAAGAGCGCAAACGAAGAAAAACUUCCAUGAAAAUCGACAUAGAAAAAGAAAAUAUGCGCGCUUUAACGAGUCCCAUCAAAAGGGAACAAUUGAAGAAAUCGCCCGAAAGACAAAAAGUCUCCAGUGCUUUGGCCGAAUCGACUAGCCCCAUAAAAAUUAAACGUUUCCGUCCUAAAAUACGUCGUCAACUAAGACGUUCUUCACGUGAUGAAAGUAUACCCAAACAACGUAAACCAAAUGCCGCUAGUCUAUCGCCACAAGGCAAUAUGGAGAAACUAUUGGAUGCUAGCAUGUCAGCGGCUGUAGCAGCCAAAACACCAACUCCCUUACACAAGCAAGAGGGAGAACUAGUAACUGCCAGUAAGACUAAAGAAGCAGCUUUACCAGCAACAAUGAAAAUCGCCACUACUUUGGCACCCACAUAUGUGAAAUCAGCUUCGGAAACUUGUCAAUUAAAAGCCAAAUCCAUAGAGUCCCUCAAUCGCUCUGUAUCGCCUGGUUCCGAUUCAGUUUUUUACAGUGAGGCUGAUGGCAAUAAUGCUGAUCCACACAGUGGUCACUGUUCACACUGUGGCAAAGAGGUCGAGGAACCGAGUGUAGUUUGUGGCGAUUCGGUAGAAUCAUUACCUUAUAUAGACAACGAACCGGAUAUUGUUAAGCCACCGUCCGAUUUUGCCGAUUCGCCUGUAACUAGUAAGACACCGCAGCGGCUGUAUAAGAAAAUGGAUAAACGUUUUAGAUCCGAGGAACGUUAUCAUACUGAACGAGGGCGUCAUUAUAAGAGUCGAAAGGAGAAUAUAAGAGCUAAGAGCGAGGAACGUAAUCAAGAGUGUAAUAAGAAAACCACACCCAACUUGCGUCCAGCUGGAUCAAGUCCCUGCAUACUGCCAGAAAUAACGAAUGAAAGUAAACAACAAACCAUUUACAUAGGACACUAUGAAAGUGCACGUUAUACCCGAUUAACCGAUUCCGAUAUAUGGGCUCAACUUGAUCAUCAAUCAUUGGAAAGAAAUCGCGGCCGACGUUCGUCCACAGAUUCGGAAAAAAGUUUUUAUUCUAAAUAUCAAGUUAUACUACAUCGUUUGGUGCAGAGACGUUGUACUUUGGAAAUGUAUCAUCGACAGAAAAACGAUACAUUCGAAUUGAUCACCUCAAAUUCGGCACAAAAUUCGCUGAGGCGUAGACUAGAGGAAAUUUUAAAGUUAAUGUUACUGGUAUGGGCCCGAGAAGGUCAUGUACUAUCGAAAUUAACACAGGGAGAAUAUGGAGUGGACAAAACCGUUGUGGUUAAAAGUGAUUCGGGAGAAUUUGGUUUUCGCAUACAUGGCUCUAAGCCGGUAGUAGUGGCGGCCAUAGAACCCGAUACUCCAGCCGAAAGUAGUGGUCUAGAAGUGGGUGAUAUUAUUAUAUCGGUAAAUGGUGUUAAAGUUUUGGAUAAACAUCAUACGGAAGUGGUGAAAAUAGCCCAUGAUGGUUGUGAAAAACUUGAGCUGGAAGUGGCCCGUACUUUGGGUGUGCUAAUGAAUGAACAACAAGAACCACCGAUACAAGUCAUUUACAGCGGCUAUUUAUGGCGGCAAAGUGGUCAGGCCAAGGGAUCGCCUAAUACUAAGAAAUGGGUACAAAGAUGGUUUGUUUUGCGAUCAGACAAUUGUCUAUAUUACUACAAGACUGAAGAGGAUACUCAACCCGUGGGUGCCAUGAUUAUGGCCAAACAUAUAGUCGAAUCAUGUCCGCCUAAGAUUGGUAAACCCUAUGCAUUUAAAGUUGAUUCAGGUGAGGGUAUACCCAUGUAUGUGGCAGCCGAUAAUGAGGAAAUGGCCAAUCGCUGGAUAAAUAUAUUAAAGAAGGCCGCCAAUCAAGAUAAUGCCUGGCUGGAUAAAAGCGCCCGCAAUCUUUAUAAACAACCCAGCAGCAUUACACGUCCCGAUUGUUUUGGCUAUUUAAUGAAAUUGGGCUCGAAAUGGUGUGGCUGGUCGAAACGUUAUUGUGUUUUAAAAGAUGCCUGUCUCUAUUUCUUUCAAGAUGCCAAUUCAAAAUCUGCUUUGGGCAUGGUGUGUUUACAUGGCUAUAAAGUCUCCUCUAUGUCAGCGGCCGCUUCGGGUAAAAAGAACUCUUUCGAAAUUGUACCACCUGAACCGAAAUUAAGACAUUAUUAUUUCUAUACCGAAUCCGAAAUGGAAAAGAAGAGAUGGAUAUCCGCCCUUGAAUACUCGAUAGAUCGUUGGAUUAAAUCCGGGUAACUAAGGUUGAAAACUAUGCCCAAAUCCAUUCACAGCACUAAAAAGAAGCGUCGUAGUUUUAGUUAUUUUAUGGAAUAGUUUAAUUUAACACACACUUACACACAGACAACAAGAUCUAAUUGAUAUAGAACACACCUACCACUCCACAAAAGGGCAAAGUAUGAAUCCAAAGCACCCAUUGGCACCCACGAACCAGAACUUGACAGAUGUUAAUGAAUUCAUACACCACAUUUUCAGCAACAACAAGUAGAGAAUCAAUGCAAUAAAAAAAUGCCAAAUAAUUUCAAACCAAAAAUGGAACCAGUAUGUCUAAUAAAACAAACAACAACAAAACCAAAAAAAGUAAUAAUAAUAAUAAUUAAGAUUUAUAGAAAACUAAUAUUUUGAAGUUCAAAACCUAAAAUAAAACCAAACAAGUUCUACAUUUAGCAC